AGAGUUCAUAGUGCUUCAGAACGCGGAAGUGCCGUCGAUCCGUCCAGAGCAAGUGCGGCUGUUGAAAAUGCGGUAAAACAUCGACAAAACACCAAAUUCACACAUGUGUCGGUGUGUGUGAGCAAGACAUGGUGCCAGAACAUGGGAAUCAGCAGAAACGCUCGUCGCAGCCGUCUAAUAGCGAGGGUGACGCGGACGGAUCAUUCGUGUUCGAGGCUAAAGAGGCCUGGAAGGAUUUCCACAACUCCCUCAGACAGUUUUAUGAGAACGGAGAGCUGUGUGACGUCACUCUGAAGGUUGGGAACAGACUGAUACCAUGUCACAAACUGGUUCUGGCCUGCGUGGUGCCGUACUUCCGCGCCAUGUUCCUCUCAGAUAUGGCCGAGGCCAAACAGGACUUGAUUGAGAUACGAGAUUUCGACGCCGAUGCCAUCCAGGACCUGGUGCUCUUUGCGUACUCCUCGCGCCUGACUCUGACGGUGGAUAACGUCCAGCCGCUGCUGUACGCGGCGUGUAUCCUGCAGGUGGAGCUGAUCGCUCGGGCCUGCUGUGAAUACAUGAAAGCACACUUCCACCCCUCCAACUGUCUGGCCGUCCGCACCUUCGCAGAGAGUCACAACAGGGUGGACCUGAUGGACAUGGCUGACCGCUACGCAUGCGAGCAUUUCAGUGAAGUGGUGGAGUGUGAGGAUUUCAUCUGCGUCUCGCCGCAGCACCUCAAGACGCUGCUGGCCUCCAGUGACCUGAACAUUCAGUCUGAGACUCAAGUGUACAACGCCGCCGUCAAAUGGCUUAAAGCCAAUCAGAAACACCAUGAUGUCUGGCUGGAUCAGAUCAUGUCUCAGGUGCGUCUUCCUCUGCUGCCGGUGGAUUUCCUCACAGUCACUGUUGCUAAAGAGGAGAUGAUCAAGGCUAAUUUGAGCUGCAGAGACCUUCUGGAUGAAGCAAGAAAUUAUCAUUUACACCUGAGUAACAAGAGCGUUCCUGACUUUGAGUAUUCGAUCCGUACGACUCCCCGCAAGCACACCGCAGGUGUGUUGUUCUGCGUCGGGGGACGAGGGGGAUCCGGAGACCCGUUCCGCAGUAUCGAGUGUUACUCCAUCAGUAAAAACAGCUGGUUCUUCGGCCCUGAAAUGAACAGCAGACGCAGACACGUGGGAGUGAUUUCAGUAGCAGGGAAAGUUUAUGCUGUUGGAGGCCAUGAUGGCAACGAGCACCUCGGGAACAUGGAGAUGUUUGAUCCACACACCAACAAGUGGAUGAUGAAAGCCUCCAUGAACACUAAACGGAGGGGGAUCGCGCUGGCUGCUCUCGGCGGACCCAUCUACGCUAUCGGAGGUCUGGAUGAUAACUCCUGCUUCAGUGAUGUGGAGCGCUAUGACAUCGAGUCGGACCGCUGGAGCGCCGUGGCUCCUAUGAACACACCCAGAGGAGGCGUGGGAUCUGUGGCGCUCGGGGGCUAUGUGUACGCGGUCGGGGGAAAUGACGGUGUUGCGUCGCUGUCCAGCGUGGAGCGCUUCGAUCCUCAUCUGAACAAAUGGACAGAUGUGCGAGAGAUGGGGCAGCGGCGCGCUGGAAACGGUGUCAGUGAACUCAACGGAUGCCUCUACGUUGUUGGUGGGUUUGAUGAUAAUUCUCCGCUGAGCUCAGUGGAGCGCUUCGACCCCAGGACCAAUCACUGGGAGUAUGUGGCGGAGUUGACCACGCCCAGGGGCGGAGUCGGCGUUGCCACAGUGAUGGGGCGUGUCUUUGCAGUGGGGGGCCACAAUGGAAACAUCUACCUGAAUACGGUGGAGGCCUUCGAGCCCCGGAUGAACAGAUGGGAGCUGGUGGGCUCUGUGUCUCACUGUCGGGCCGGAGCUGGAGUCGCCGUCUGCUCCACUCACAUCAGUCAGAUUCGAGACGUCGGCCAGGGCUCCAGUAACGUCGCUGACUGUAUGUAGCUACAUCGUCAGAGUUUGACACACUACAACACUAACGCUUCAGCCUAAUUACACACCAAACACCUGCUUUCAGCUGUAAUGUGGCUCUGAAUCUUCUGUGUACUACACCACAAGAAAACUUUGUGUUUUAGCUUGAAUUUUGUUAGUGGAAAGUGUUUGUUUUUUUUAGCAGGGAGAUCACAUGAUCACUGUUUGUGUUGUUUGUACUGAUUUCUGCUGCCUGAACUGCUGAAAGUGAUUUCUCUCUUCUACAUAAGAAAUCUUCUCAUUCUUGUGUUUGAAUGACAAAAGGACAUUAGAUAUUUAUUAAUGCACAAACUUAAAAAAACCCUAUUUUGUGACUUCAGGACACGAAGAACGAUCAAAAAGAGAUUGUUCUAUAACCGAGUGUUUGUUUGCGUGAGGACAAUCACAGUAAUCAAGACAAAGUGAGAGAUCCAUGAGCAGAGUCAUUUCUAACGUGACGCAAUUAUACUUCUGUUUUGAGCCAUGUCUCAUUUAUGACUUCAGCAAGACUGUCUUAAUGGAACCCUUCAGAGGAUCUAGACUGGUUUUGGGUUUAGAUUUGUGUUGAACCGUGUGGAGCAAUGAUGUGCUUCUGGUGUUGUUGUUUUUUCACUGCCAAACAUGAACAGCAAGCUCAGAGAUGCUUCUAUAUAUUGCUGUUGUAUAUUACAGGUGUAAGGCUUUUCUGGCUUGAAUUUGUGUUUAAUGUUUCACAUGAUUUAGUUCAAAGUGGAAAAAAGAUAUGAUUACAUUUUAAAACAGAUCCAUUGUACAUUGAGGGAAUACAGAUGGGUUAGUUCAAAAUGACUUUGAAUUCUGAAUAUAAAAUAUUUAUUUUAAUGUAUCUUUUUCUUAGAUUUGGUAAACAGUUCAUAUUGUUGCUUUUAGUUAGUGAUUAUUGGUUGGACUCCAGCGUGUCAAUCUGAUUAUAUUUGAGAUCUGCUGUUGAAAUGUUGAAAUGUUUUAUUAUUCUGCUGUCACAGAUGUUAACAUGUUGCAUUCGGUGAUGUGAACCAACAAUAAAUAUUCAUAUAGCGAUUUAUUUGAAUGACUUUCAAUGUUAGCUGCAUUUCUGUACCUGCUGAUUUAAAAGCAGUAUAUCUGAAAGAUAUUUCUCUCAAAGUUAAUCUGUCUGAAGAAUGACACUUUAUAGCAUAUUUUCCCAUGUGUACAUUUUAUUGUUUUGCUCAAUA